CAGGUAAGCAUUAUGGCUGCUCCCUGUUACAUAAAGCCGAUGCAUACCCACGUGGAUCUCUCCUUCAUCCUGUCUUGCUUGUUCUGAACUAGCUGCUCAUUUAAGCCGUAUACUUUUUUCUCUAAAGGCUUAUUCUAAUUUAUUCACGAAGUACUGACAUUAAAGGGAUGGCAGAAAAGGAUUAUGCCCCCCUGAGCACUGCCUGUGUCCGAGCUCUGGGAGACAAAAUCUACGAUAAGAGGAAAGCAGCGGCAUUGGAAAUAGAGAAGAUGGUGAAGGAUUUCGCUGCUGUCAGUAACACAACGCAAAUAAAGAAGCUGCUGGAUGUCUUGGGGCAAGAGUUUGCCAUGUCGCAGAACCCAAAUUGUCGGAAAGGUGGACUCAUUGGAUUAGCUGCGACUGCAAUAGCCCUUGGAAAGGACAGUUCUGUGUACCUGGAGGAGCUUACAAAGCCUAUCCUUGCAUCUUUUUCCGACACUGAUGCUCGUGUUCGGUAUUUUGCUUGUGAGGCAUUGUACAACAUAGUGAAGGUGUCUAGAGGGCAUAUAUUGCCAUUCUUCAAUGACAUCUUUCAGGCUUUGAGCAAACUGGCUGCUGAUCCUGAUCAGAAUGUUAGGAAUGGGGCUGAGCUUAUGGAUCGACUAGUGAAGGACAUCGUUACGGAGACUUCGCUCUUUGACUUGGAAUCUUUUGUGCCUCUCCUGAGAGAGCGGGUCUACACGAAGAACCCCCAUGCUCGACAGUUUGUGGUUGCAUGGAUUGGAGUGCUUGAUGCUGUCCCUGAUAUUGAUAUGAUGCUUUAUCUCCCUGAAUUUCUUGAUGGACUGUUCCAAAUGCUUUCUGAUCCCAAUCAAGAAAUCAAGAAAACGUGUGAGACAGUUUUGGGUGAAUUCCUCCACAACAUCAUCAGAAAUCCCCACAAGGCAGACUUCCCUGCAAUGACCAACAUUCUUGUUACUCAUGCCUUGGAUUCUGAUCCAUUACUUCAGCUCACAGCUUUGAUAUGGCUCAAGGAGUUCAUCAGCCUCUCAUCCAGAACAAUGCUCCCUUUCACAUCUGGCAUCCUCACUGCUGUGUUACCAAGUCUUUCCAAUGACCAAGGUGUAUCUAAUCGAAACAUUCAGGAAACUGCCAAAGCCAUGAAUUCAAGUAUGAUGAAGCUUGUCACAGUGGAAGAUGAUGCAGAGGAUAACACAGGCUUAGAUACGGGGUCAUUAGUUGGAGUUCUCAUGAAGUUUCUUAAUGGAUCAUCAGGCCCCACCCAGUUAGCUGUUCUCAACUGGAUCCAACAUCUUCUUUCUGUCAUCCCAAGAAAGACAUUUCGUCAUAUGGAGGAAAUAUUCCCUGAACUCCUGAAAGUCUUGUCCAAUGCAACUGAAGAGGUCACAUUGCUGACUCUAGAUAUUCUUGCUGAGGUGUCUUCUUCUGAUAUUGGCCAGAAGAAGGAGAAUAUCCCCCAUAAACUUCUCAAUGAAUCCAAGGAAGUGAGAGAUUUGAUGGGACAGAUGUCAUCUUUGAGCCCAUACUUCCUCUAUUUCAUGGCAGCCUUAUUAGCAUCUCUUCGUAAGGAUGGACACCUGCUCAUUGACAGGGGCUCUCUCAUCAUUAGGCGAUUGUGCAUCUUGUUGCAAGCUGAAAAUGUCUAUAGAUGCAUGUCUGUGAUCCUUCUGCAAGAAAAGAAUGCUCAGUUUGCCACAAAGAUGGUUCAGCUUCUCAAUGACAUUCUUCUCACCUCAACAGAACUCUUUCAGCUACGCAGUCAACUCAGGAUCCUUCGAACCAAAGCAAAUCUACGUCUGCAGUUAUUGGAGGAAACAGAUGCAGGAAGACAUCUUGUGAGUGCUCUCUAUGGGCUUCUCAUGCUUCUUCCUCAAACAGAAGCUUUUCAUGCUCUUCGUCGUAGAUUGGAAUGCAUCCCUCGACCACAUGGCCCUAGCAGACUGGACAUGUUGGAGAAAACAGAAGCAAGUAUGAAGGAGAUACCAUUUGACAGCCUCUUGCAGCAUUUCCUGGAUGUCCAGGGAAAACAACAGGCUCAGAGGCUCCUAUACAGCUCUUCACCACUUCAGAACUGAUAUCAGAGAACUGGAACCUCAGUAACUUGUUGCUUUCACUUUCUCACUCUUUUUGAAUGAUGUUUGUGAGUUGGGUUUCUGGAUAUCAUCUUUGAAAGGAUGACACUUGGAUUGUAUCACUAUUGAAAUUUAUUUUUAUUGAAAUAUAGUUAUGGUAUUAUGUUCCA